AUGGGCAUGGUGAUGAAAAAUGCCAGAAUAAAUCCCAUGGAGGGAGCAGUGAGCAGGAGGAAAAAGAAGAAAAUAAACAGCAGUCAGUGCUCAAAAUCUUGUGGUGAAGGAAUUAGAUCUCGUGCUGUCACCUGCCAUGCUGUAAAUAUCUAUGGUUGGGUUGAUCCUAAACCAUUAAAAAACCCAAAAGGUUUCUGCCUAAUGUCUCGACGUCCUAGACAGACUGAAAAAUGUAAUUAUGGUCAUUGUUCUGAUGGAUUUGUCUGGAGGCCUGAUCCCUGGCUUCAGUGUGAAGGAAGAUGUCAAAAUGCUAAACAGAAAAGAAAACUGCGUUGUUAUACUCUUCAAGGACAGAAAGUUCCUAACAAUAAAUGUAAUCCUUCAAUGAAACCUCAGAAAAGGAGACGGUGCUCUAACUCACCUAAAUGUCAUCCUGAAAGUUGCUUAGAUUUUCAUAAUUUGCAAAAUAGAAGAGAUGAUGGUGAUUAUCAAAUUUAUAUCAAAGGGAAAAUAAUAACUGUAUACUGUCAUGGCAUGAAUACUCAAAAUCCUCAAGAAUAUAUAAAUCUAACUGAACGUAAUUUCGCAGUCAUAUAUUCAUCUGCUUUAAAUUUCAAGUUUACCAGUAGUGACAGUUGUCUUUCGAAUGAUGUAACCUAUGAAUGUGAUUGUAGCCGAAAUGACUAUGGUUACACAGAGUAUUUUAAAGUUGCUCUAAAUCGUACAAGUUUAACUCUAAUAACUGAUGACUUUACAUUUAGUACUACAUAUUAUGGUAAGCCUGUGCCAUAUGCAACAGCUGGAGAUUGUUUCAGAAGACCAACUUGUCCUCAAGGGGCGUUUUCUGUCUCUCUUAAAGGUACUGACUUUUAUGUUACAUCAAGUGCUAAAUGGAUGUCAAAGUCUGGAAGUAUACAUGCAACUAUCCAUAGAACAGAAAAUGAUCAAGUUAUUCAUGGAAAAUGUGGAGGGUUUUGUGAUACAUGCGGUCCUGAUCCUACACUUGGCCUUGCAUUAGAUGUCUUCAUGUUUACAUGAUGGUCAAGAAACUAGCUAUUCUCUACAUCAGUAUUCUUCAUAUAACAUUAUUUUCAUUAAUGAAUGCAUUGUACAUAUACAUGAGAUCUCAUUUAAAUUGUUGUGAACAUUCUUUUUAGUGGAAAUGCAUUAAACUGAUUAUUUUUUGCACUGUGCAUCAUACUUAAUAAAAUGUACUGCAAAGAGUGUCUCAUUGAAAUGAAGUAAAUGAAAAGAUCAAGCAUAUAAUUAAUAAAGUUUCACGAUUUGAACUUUUCUGUUUAUCAUUGUUACAAAAUUGAUUUUAGAAACUUUUUAAAUUAGAUGUUGAUGCAGUUUUCUGAUUUUUAUACUUAUUAUAUUUGCUAAUGAAACUUUCAUAUUUUCAUAUAUUAUGUAUAAGAAUUUAGCUAACAUCUAAAUUUGGUGAAGUAACCUGCAGUAUUUUAAAAAAUCUAGUUUGUCACAUGUCAUUUGUUAUGUUCAUGAUUGCUAAUGUAUUGUUUAAUUAUACAUUUUAGAAAAAUAAGGAGAGACUUGUAUGUGGACUUCACAUUAGUAGAAAUGUUUUGAAAUUAUGUAAUUUUGAAAAAUAAUGAAGUUGUAUUUUUUAUGUAAAAUUACAAGAAAGGUAAAAUGAACUAACGUGCUUUAUGUGGUGUCUUGUCAUCUAGAUAUUUUUUAAUUAUUUACAUGAAAAUUUACUGCUGUUGAAAACUGCAUCAGGUAUGAGUAUUUUUUCAAAUGUCCUCGUAGUUCUUCAUGUUGUUAGUGUAUUAUGCUGCACUUUUGUGAAAUUAUGUGCAUUUAGCCCCCAGCAUUUAAUAAAAGGAAAUAUAAAAUUACAGCACAGUUACAUAUUUCAUUAACAUGAUAAAAUAUUUCAGUACGAGAUGUAUUUUUAAUCAAUAUAUUAUAGUCCAUGUAAUAAUGUUUUUUUAAAUAUUAAAGGUUGUUCAUAUGAAAUAAAUAAACAGUUAUAAGGUAAAAUUUUCAUUCAACGUAAUGCAUUAUUGAUCUGAAAUAAGUAAAUUUUAGCAUAUCUUAAAUCAUUUAUUAAAAGUCAUUUUAUAUUAUGUGUAAUUAUGAAAUUAAGCAUUUCACCAACAUGUUUCAUGUAUUUCAGCAUCAAUUAACUUUCUGUGAUUUUAUUGAAGUAAAGCAGCUUGGCAAAUAUCAUUCUUAUGUGCUGUUUUUGCUAUUAGAAUUAGAAUUUAUGUUAUCCAAAAUUUGAACCUAUACUCAUUCUGUUAUAACAAUGAAUCAAUUAUUUGUUAAUUUUUGUUUUUGCAAAUUGAUAUGUAUUGUUUGGAUUAUUUAUUACCUAUAGUUAAUGUUAAGAAUGGGAUUUCAAAGAACAACUAAAGAGGAACAGAUUGUUUUAAAUGAGCAAAAUCUUUGCUUAAGUAUAUUUUAUUAUCUCUGUUGAUUUAAGUUCCCAAAUCUUGAAUUAUGUCAUAGUCAUGUUAGAAACACAUUCUGAAGCUUAUUCUAUAUCCUAAAUUGUACUUUUUUUUUAUUUGCAUAGCUGCUAAAAUAUAUCCAGAGCUUGUAAAUACAGUGUUUUGUGGUGUGCGAAAGUUUCAAGUAAUGUAUCCCCCUUUUACACGGUCUACCUCACUUUAUGAGAUAAUAUAAUGUUAUUUAUUUACUUACCAUUAUUUUUCAAUCUGUGAAAAGGAGGAAAUCUCAUGUUUUAGCUUUUUGAAUUCUCCCGCACUGCCAUUUUUCUAUCAUUUCAUAUUUUUUAAAGCAUGUGAAGUUGUGAUGUUCAUUUGGCUGCCAAGCAACUGUCAUAGUUAAUGUCAUUAUUGUCUUGACUGUACAUAGGGGAAAACGACACUGCCAAAAUUUUGCUCAUGCAGUGAGGACCAACUGUGUAUGUACGUAUUAUAUAUAUGUGUGAGUGUGUGUAUAUAUGUGUAUAUAUAUGUGUGUGUAUCUUUGUGUGCAUAUAUAUGUAUAUGCACACUCAUACACUUGUGUUUGCACAUGUCUUAGGGUAUAUAUGAACCCAUUCAAAGGCAAUGCUUCUGCUUUCUUUUCAUAAUUUUAAAAAUAUGCUGUAAUAUUAAGCACUUAAGAGAAUUUAUUUAACACAUGCAUAUACAUACACAAAUAAUUUGAAGCAUGAUCUUGUAUUUUAUGUAAUAUAUGUUUUCCAUACUAUUUUUAUUCUGAAUUUUUGAAAUGCAGUGAGAUCUGAAUAAAUGAUUGCACUAAAUUUAUGUUAAAAUGCCUUUUGGUAUCUUCUCCCCCUUUUUUUGGGGGGGGGCUUUAAACAGCAUACCUGUUAAUAAUGUUAUAAACAAAUUUACAAUUAUAUUAAUUUAACAACUGGUAUUAAAUCAUUUCUCAUUCAAAGGUUUGAGAAAUGAAUUAUUUAGAAAAUGUAUUUUGCUAUUUAAACUUCUAAAUAUUGUCCUCUUUGAUAAGAAAAUUGUUGAAUUUUUUGCUUUAUUAUUUUCUUUGUUUUAAACUUAUGAGAAGUUUUUAUCUUGAUUAAUUCAGCAUUACAACAUUUGUUACCAUUUCCAUGUUUUUGAGAAGGUUUAUAGAUAUAUAUAAACCUUUUUUUAUAUGUAUAUUAUAAGAUUGAGUUCAAAAGGAACAGAAAUUUAGAUUAUCCUAUCUGAGAAAAAAGAUGUAGGAUAAAAAUUAAAUGUCUUAAUAGUAAAAGUGAAAAUUUUUUAGAGUGAUCACAUAUGUCAAGUUAAGCUUUUUGUACGGGAAGUUAAGACUUAUUAUAAGAGUGGUGUAAUCAUUAAAAUUAACAUAAGAGAAGCAAUGAAACAUGAUAAAAAGAAUAAUUUAAUAACCCCUAUUUAAUGUUUCAAACAGAGCUUGUCAAGGGUUAAGUAUUUGAAACACCAAACUGGGACAAUUGAUGAGUGUCGAACACAUAUAUUGUUCCUCUCAACAAUGUAAGACUUUAAACUGUUUUAAAUAAAUUUCCAUUUUUAUAAAGUUAUAUUUCAUAUAGUCUCACUAUUGCUGUCAAGCUUCUCUAACAAGCCAUUCAUACACUGAGAAUAAAACACAUGAAAAUCUUUUUGAUGUGUAAUAAAAGAAAAACUAGUAGAAGUGUAACAGAAAAACUUCCAAAACUUCAUUUACUUAUUCAUAUAAGUUAUUCAACAUUUUUCGAAUAAUGCCACGUACAAGUAAAAAAAGGCUGCUGUCUCAAAAACUUAAAAGUCCUGUCUUAUUUUAUUAAUAAGCAAUGGGCGAAAAAAGGAAAAAAAAUUUAUCUAUUUUGGUGCUGAAAAAGUAGAGCAAGCAUAUAAAAUGAAACAGAAAAGUUAAAAGCUGAAAAAGAGCUUAUUAUUGUCGUUCUUGAGGUUCACCUCAUAUAGCUGAAUAAACUUAAUAGGAAUGCAUGUACAAAUGCAGGUUGCCAGACUCUAUGUUAGCAACUCGGCUUGACAGGGUUACCAUAUCAAGAAUAUAUAUACAUACAUGCAGGUACAUUCGUUUAGAUUUUUUAACAAUGUCACUAUAUCCUAAUAUUUUAAACUGAAUUGUAUGGGAAGAAUGCAUUAUACACAGCUUUUCCUCAAAGUUAUUUUAAGAGAAUGAUGCACUUAAGACUUUUUUUUAAAAAGUUGAAUCUAACUUUGUGCAUAUCUUUCUGUAAUACAAAAAUAUGUAUGAAUGCAAAAUAUUGUAUAAUUUCCUUUUUGACAGUAAUAAUUAGGAUGGAAAUAAAUAGUGAAAAAUUCCUAUUUAGUUCUUUUGAAAUGUUACACAUAGAUACCACUUAUAUAUAAUUUUUUAGCAUUUGAAAGAGGCCAUGGGAUUACAACUGCUUCAGCAGAAGACCGUUGUUUGUAAAUGUGAAAUAGAUAUUUGUUUGCAAAAUUUUUUCCUGUAGCAAAUUGCUUGAAAGAAAUUGGAACAUAAAAAUUCAAAAAUGAGCAAAGAACAAGUAAUUUAUUUGGUCAAGUUCCCAGGUUUAUUCCUAAGGAACUUAUAAAAGAUACUGUUUGACAGUCUCCAAAGAUACUGUUUGACAGUCUCCAAAGAAGUCAACUCCAGGCCAUUCAGAGAAUUUUGAGUUAACCUGAAGAGAUGAAAUUCAGAAAGAAAUUUAGAGAGGGCAAUGAACAUGGCACGUGACGCAGAAAUUCUCAACAAUGUUCAAUAAGUUUUUGUCUGAUAUUCAUUGAAAUUUGGGGCCGAACAUUGUGAUGAUGGAAGACAUCUCGAAGAUUGGUCAGUUCUGGGCUUUAAUUUUGUUUUUUAAAACUGCCAUUUGGGGGCAAUAUUUUUCUGAAUUUAUUGUCUGAUUUGGUGGCAAGAAUUCGUAGUAUAUAAUUCCUUUGUAGGCCUACAAUACACAAAGCAAUACUUUUUGGGAUUGCGGUUCCCAUCUUGAUGCUGUUAAGAGAGGUUCUUUGGCUUAUCCCAUGAUCUUCCUCCUGUAAUAUUAUUUAGUACCCAUUUCUCAUCUCCUAUUAUGAGCCAUUUGAAAAAGGAAACUUAUUUGGUUUUUUUAACAAAGAAUUGCAUGCCAAAACUCGAGCAAGUAUAUUCUGCUUUGUUAUAGUAUGGGAUUCCUAUACAUUGUAACAACUUGUACUCAAUCUUCUUUUAAUGAUCUUGACUGCACUCCUUGGAAUAUUUAGUCCCUUGGACAGUUCCUGAACUUUAUAACUUGAAUUUUCAGUGAUAAGUUCAUUUUCUUUGUUUAGAGAGGAUGUCGUCCGAUGUGGUUAUCAUGAUCGAGGCAGAAAUAUCCAGGCUUUAGCUUCUGAAACCACCCUCAAACUGCAUCAUCAGAAACAGCACUCUUUCCAAACAUAGCACAAAUUUAGGAGACGUCUGACUGGCACUUUUUUUUCCUUUUUUGGAAUAAAAAUGCUUAAUAUGACGAAAAUAAACUUUUAGUUUCUUCAUUCUUAGCACUGCACUGAAAGAAAAGUUAUGCUGCAUGCUAGAAUUAUCUAACAUGAGCAGAAACAAAUGUAUUUCAGCUUCAUCUUCAAUCUAGUAUCAGAAGUAAGAAAAUAAUUAGAAGAAAACGUGCUUUGAUUUGAAAAACUGCAUAACUUUAAGAAUGGCCGAAUAUAUUUUAUAAUAAAUGUUCUUAGUAAAUAAAUUUAUUCUCUUAGCCUAUUCAUAUGGCUUAAGUUGAAUGUUUCAACUAAUAGUACAUAAGUGUGGCAGGAUUUCGAUUACUCUGAAUAACGUCAGUGUUGGUAAUCUGAAUGAUUUUUUAGAUUUCAAAAUGUAAUUAAUCUUGCAGGUGUAGUAGAUUCCAUCAGUUUGUUUAUAUGCUUUCAGUUUUCAUAAAAUGGAUUUGAAUACAUUAAGAAACUAGCAAUAUAUCUAGAUGUCAGUCGCACAUAAUAUUUAGCUAGUCUUUCGUGGAUCUGCAAUAUUGUUGAUUUUACUAAACCAAACGCUAAGUUCUUUUUCAUGUUUUCCCUUUUAAAAUAUGUAAGGAAACAGUUUUAAUCUGUGGCUGUUUCUUCAGCAUUGUUACAUAGCAAAAUAGCUUUCAUUACCAGUAGUAGCAUUUUAUGGUAUGUAAAAAAUGGACUUAUUUUUUCCAAUUACAUUCUCAGUUUACAGAAAGAAAGGAAUCAUGUUAGUUACUUUCAUGCAAAUGUGGCCACUUGAAAAUGGGCAGUUCAAACAUUUAUGGGAUCAUUAUCAACAAGUUAGACAAAGGAAGAUAGAGAAGUUUAUUGAUAUGGUAGAUGAAAUAAUGGGUAACAUCAUAUUUAAAGUUAUCUGACACAUGGAUUUUACCAAUGCACACUGAUUUUAAAAACUCAAAUUCUGAUUUGAAAUAUGCACUGUUUUUUUAAUUUGUUCUGGUUAAAAUAUUGAGUAGUCCACACAGUGUUCAUUUCGUGAAAGGAGUUUUCAAUCUUUUCUUAGAAUCCCUUUUUCUCUACAUAAGUGUUUAUUUCAGAAGUCUUAUCCAAAUAAUAUUUUUAUAGUUCUGCUGAUUAAAAAUUAUUUUUUUGGGGGGUUCUUUUAUUUUUAUAAAGCAUUGUCUGACAGAUCCUUUAGUUUUGAAUGAUUAUGACAAGCUUCUUGCCUUAAACAUAUUUUGUUUUUGCUUUUGAAAUCUACCCAGAUCCUGCAGUCAUUGUUAUCUGAUAUUUGCCCCGCUUCAGUCCAAAGCCUAAGAACUAUUACAGAAUACGUUUUUUAAAAUCAAAAAAGUAUCGAAUAUAAAAUGUUGAAAGUUAUUCAAUUUCCGAUAAAAAAUAUGCCCUUUUAUAUUAAUUUUUUAAAGAAAAAUCUGUUAAAAAUCUUUGCCUUCCCUCCAUAUGGGACUAUCUCUUUAAUGCAAUGUUUGAUAUUAAUUGAUAUGUAUUCAUAUCAAUAUCAAAUUUAUACAAAUAAAUUUGUAUUAUAUUAAUUAUUAAUUUAAUAUACAAAAUCUGAUCCUUUCACUUAUACUAAAUUCUCUAUCCUGUUUCGGAUAUCUUAUUAAACUCUUUCUAUUAAUGCAGUGUCUGACAUAAAGUCAUUUAAUAAUCAUUUUCCGAAAAAUUUUCAGAAUUCAGGUCGACAGAAUAGAUUACUUUGAUUUAUAUGGAGAAGAAAGAUACCAGUGUAAAUUUAGACAAAAAAUAUAUAGUCAGAGUCAAAUUUUAUUAAAAAUCUGACCAAUCUAAAUUUUUCCUUAAUUUUAUUUUGGUUCGUUCUAUUUUCAUCAUUAUAAUAAGAAAAUAAUUAUUUGUUUGCAGAUGAAUUUUUAUGAAGAUGUGUGUGUAUAAUUAAUUCUACAACCAGAAUUAUUUCCUAGCUUUGUAGUUUUCAAACUUGUGUUUUAAAGUAUAAUUUAAAAAUAAUUUUUUUUUUAAAUAUGGAGUACAGCUAAAGGAUAUUUGUAUUACAGUAGAAGAAAUGGAAGUUUAGACAUUUUAAAAAUUAAUAGGAAGUAAUUUUGCUCAGAAUAUUUAAAAAAGUCUUUCCCCCCCCUCACAAGGAAAUAUAUUUUAGGGUUAUUAUUUGUGACACAUAUAGGAACUAAGUAAAAUGUUACCUUUAUCAAUUCAUUUUAAAUUGGAAAUGCAUUCUAUUCUAAAUCAUGGGCAAAUUAAUUUUGUAUUCAAAUUUAGGUAACUAGUUUCAAGCUGGCAAUCUUGAAACAAAUAGUUAAGAUCAUUUAUUUAAAUAAAAAUUUAAGCAUAUGCUUCAUUUAAAUUGCAUUUACAUUUUUUAUAAUUAUAACAUCAAAUGGUCGCAUGAAUAUUUUAAAGUUUUGUGUCUAAAAAUAAUUAUAAUACACUUUCACGUCCCUUUUAGUGCAUACUUAACUGGGUGGAGAUUUGAUUUUUUAUCUUAGUAAUUUCACAUAUAAACACCAGACUACGUUUAUAAACUUUUAAAGAAUUUUAUUAUGCAACAGACUGCAUCGAAAGCUGUUUUGUUGUAUUUCUAAUAGUUUAUACAAGAUACAAUAACUGUAUUAUUAUAUGGUAUUAAGUAUUCAUCAGUUAUGUAUCAAUUGUUCAGUAUUAAUAAACGGAACUGAAACAUAUUUCUAAAAUGCUUAAGAUUUCUGUAUGCGGUUAUUCUUAAAUACAUAUAUUGAACUUGGCAUACAGUGUUUAGAAAUAUUUUCGUGCAUUAUUUCUGUUUAAUGCAUUACAUUUUACUCGGUUUGCUAACAUUUCAUCAUUUUAGAAUCAUUAAUUUCGGUAAGGUGGUUAAAUAUAAUCAUUAAAUACAUACAUUUGUAAUAGAUUUCAUGUUAUACUUUUUUUGUUACGCAAAUCUGUCAUGCUUAGACAAAUUCGGAUAAAUUGUAUAUUCUACAAGAUUAAUAUGCAACAUUUUUGGUAAUAUAUUUUUUAAUGUGCAUGUAGUUAACUUCCGCUCCCUAAAUUAUUGUUCAUAUAAGUUUAUCAGUAUCAAAUAAAUUACUAUAAAAUAAUUCUUUACUAGUUUUGCUCUACAGACCUUACUGAGAGACAGUUGCUUUACAGGCAUAUUCUUAACAAAAUAUUGAAAAAAGUACAUCCUAUCUCGUACAUGUACGUUAAGAUACAAAAUUUGAAAGUUAUGAAUUUAACAUAAAAUAAUUCAGAGUGAAAAUGCUUUUGUUAAAAUCGAUUAGUAUAUUAAACAGUAGUUUCAUUUUUUUUAUUAAAAAAAUUACAUUUCAUUUGAUUGUACUUCCACAUCUACAGUGAACUCUACAGCCGACCAGAUGCUUCCUUUCCUGUAGCACAGGAAACAGAGGUUAUUUUUGUAAGCAUAAAAACAGCGAUUGCCUUGGGUUUAAGAAAAGGUGAGCUAUUCUUUAAGCCCAUUAAAUUUUUUUUACACUUUUGACUACAGUUAUAAUUUAAUUUUAAAUGAAAUUAAAUUCUUAUCUCCUCCUUUUGUGUCAUGGACUCCUAGAAAUCAUUGGUGGAUUCCCAAAGAAUCUGUAUAUUUUGAGUUACGACACCCUGUUAUAAUUUCUUGAAAUUUUCUGCACAUGUACAGAUGUUUUGAAGCACAUUCGGGAAUUCUUAGAUCCACCUUUUCUAAAUUUAACUAGUUAAUUAGUGUGUAUACUUAAUCUGUGUUACUUCUGUGGAGAAAAGGUAUUUCAUUCUCCAUAAAUAUUUGUUAAAGAACAUUCAAAGUUGAACUAGUCCACCAUUUCCUUUUGAACAAAUAAUUUUAAAUACAAUUUUGUGAGUAACUGAGAUUUCCCCAUUAUAAUGAUCUUAUAUUUUUGAAUUAAUCUAGACUAGUUACAUAAGGUUAAAAAGUUUCUAAUUAUAUGUCAAGUGGAAUUCUUCGCAAUAAAGCCAAAGUUAAUGUUAGAAAAUUAUUGUUUCAAAUUAUACUGUGGAAAAGAAUGAAAAUAGGUAUUGUAACCUUGGGAGCUGUCUUGGAAAAUAAGAUUGCUCAAUUGUUAGUAAUGUAUUGUUUGUUCAAAAGUGUAAUAAAAUUUGUAUAUAAAUUUUGCUA